ACGCGACAUAAAAGUUGCCAAGGUGGCAACUUGGCAUGCAACAGCUGUUUUUGUUUAUCUAACGCAUUGCAGCGACCAAGCCGCAACAAUUCCAAUUUACAAAAGCAAAGUGAACUUAACAAAUGCGGACGAUGAGCUGGCCGGGAUUGGACAUUGGUUCCACGCCAGGCAAAGGCUAUUACUACGAAGCCUACAAUCCUGCAGGCAGCUGCCUGCUCUCCGCGCCGCUUCACAUAUUCGAAGGCUAUUUGACUAAAAUUGGUUGGACUCCAGUUGUGGAUAUCGACUUGGUAGAAGUGGUGGAGUACCGCACAGACAAGAAAUCCUGGCAGUCGGUUCGAAGCAGUCUGAGCAGUUUCCUCAUGAUAAUGCCCACACUACUGGGCUUUACGCUUUCGCAGCUGCUGUGCCAACGUUUACAUCUGCAUUCGACGCGACGUUUCCUCAUGGAGUUCAUAGUGGUUUCUUUGCCCACCGUAUGUAAUAUGAUGCUGUCCAGUGAAUGUAAUGCGCUUUAUGUGACACUAGUUGGCGCCUAUAUUGCCUACCUGCUGUGGCGCUCUGGUGUCUGGUCAAGAUUCCCAGCGGAGACGACGGACUACAGCUUUAAACUGGGCAAGCGACCCAUUGUAUUCACUCUAAUACGCGCCACUGCUUACCUGGGCACUGGUGCCGCCAUCCUGGCCAUUGACUUCAAGCAUUUCCUGGUGGGCAAUGGCAAAAGCAGAGACUUUGGUGCCACUAUCAUGGACAUGGGAAUUGGCUUGUUUGUGGUCAUCAUGGGUUUAGUUUCGCAGCGAUCUCGGCACCUCGGGGAUAUUAAAAGGCUGCCCAAAGUCGUGUUGCCAUUGCUGGUGCUUGGCUCAGCACGUACUCUGGUGAUUACCAUGAUUGACUACCAUCAGGAUGAGCGUGAAUAUGGCAAGCAUUUGAAUGCCUUUUUUACUCUGGGAUUCACGAAACUCUUUGGAAGCAUUGUCAGCUUACUUGCGCCAAGUGAUAAGCAGCUGCUGCCUCUCAGUCUAGGUGUUUUGGGGCUGCAUGAGUUGAUCUUACAAUUGAGUCUCUCGGAGUAUGUGAUGCAAAGUGUGGAACGCAUAGGCUUGCUGGACUCGAAUCGCGAAGGACUCAGUGCUCUGCCUGGCUGUAUUGCGCUCUAUUUGCUUAGCAUUUACGUGGCCAAAUGGUACAUGUCCCAAGAUCACCUCAACUAUGUGCAGUUCUGCUCCAAGCUGCGACACAUGUUCAUCUUCUGCAUUAUUGGUUGGCUGCUGGUCUUCGUCUGUGCAUUUACCUGCGGCAUUGCACGAGUUACAUUCAACACGGGCUACGUCAUCUGGUUGAUUAGCAUCUGUCUGUCCCUGAUGCUGCUCUACGCCUUCCUCUUUGAGUUCGCUUUGGUCAUAGCUAGACAAAAUACGUUAUUGAUUCCGGAUACUAUUAAGCGACCUGCCCAGAUGGCGCAGAGCAAGCCAACGGAUUUGCCAGCGUUUGUGGAAUCGCUCAAUAUGAAUGGAUUAACACAUUUUAUGAUUUCCAACUUUUUGACGGGCUUUGUAAACAUGUCUCUGGAGCCAAUGCAGCGCAGUUCAUUGCAGGGAAUAUUUAUUUUGAUUUCGUAUAUGCUGGUGACUGGAGGAGUUGUUUAUGUGCUGUUUCGCAAGCAAAUUCGUCUAGCGUAAAGCUAAGCUGUGAUUCCUAUUUUAAGUUAGUUUUCUUUUACCACUUAAGUACAAAGUUAACAACUUGUAAGCUAAAAGUAUUUUGUGUGAAUUUAAAGAAGAAAAGUAAUGUAUUUUAACGAUUUUCCAGCAUGUCCAUAAUCAAGUGAUUC